AUGGCUGCGCCUUUCGAGGUUCUUGUGGAGAGACUUCACUUGGAAAGGAUCUACCCUGCCCUGAUACUGGCGCACCACAAGACAGAACUUCUCAUUGAGGUUUGCGGAGCCGAGUUUGCAGACACUCCAGUCUGUUGUACUCAAGCGCAAGUGGAGGCCUUGCGAGACAACGUGCAACAAGUCGAGCCGCUGAUAUCAUCGUGUCCAGCAUGUCGAAACAACUUUCGAACAUUCUUCUGCGACUUUACAUGUUCACCCUUUCAAAGCUCCUUUGUAAAUGUGACCUCGACACAGACCACGAGUUCUCAGCAGACGGCUAUCAAGUCUGUCGAUUUCUUUGCCGGCGAGACAUUUUCCUCAGGAUUCUAUGACAGCUGUAAAGAUGUCAAAUAUGGACCUGUUGGAUACGCCAUGAGCGUCAUUGGCGGAGGAGCAAAGGACUACCAUGGGUUCUUGAAAUUCAUGGGCGAUGAAAAGCCACUUGGAAGUCCAUUCCAGAUCAACUUCCCUUCAGAGGCUCCUGAAGGGUUCAUCCCACUCGAUACAAGACCAAGAAAUUGCGCCGAUACAGACCUGGGCAGCAAAUGCGCAUGCGUAGAUUGCCCCUCUGUAUGCCCUGCAUUACCCUAUCAACCCACGCCAGAUGAAAGAGCAAAGUCGUGUCAAAUCGGUUCGGUGACUUGCCUCACCCUCAUCCUCUUGAUCGCGUAUGGCUUGGCGGCUGCCUCGUUCCUACUCGGAUUCACUAUCCAGAAGCUACUUAGGCGAAAGAAAGAUCGCUCGUAUGAGCGAGUAGCUCUAUCUGGAGAUACUGGUUCAUCUCUCAAUAACCAAGGCGCUGUUUCGCAACCACUCCAUUCAACAGGAGCGAACCAACCAGAUACUCGACGAAACACACUCGUCGGGGCUUCAUCUCUUGCACUCUAUUUUGAUGGAGAAGAGUCUGCGGCUCCUUCAGACGUCGCAAGGCACCAUCUUGGGCGUGGCGCGUCUCUUCUGGAUCCCAUCGAGACGGUCCAACCCCGACAGUAUCGACUAAACACCAUACUAAGACGAGCGUUCUACCAUAUCGGUCUCACCUGUGCAACUCACCCUUGGCUUACCUUCGCGAUCAUCUUUACGUUGUUCGGUGGUCUCAACUAUGGUUGGAAGUACUUCCAGAUAGAAACCGAUCCAGUGCGCCUGUGGGUGGCACCCACAUCUGAGAGUCGAAUCCAAAAAGACUUCUUUGAUGAACACUUUGGACCCUUUUAUCGACCUCAACAAGUCUUCAUCACUGCUCCUUCUGGCACAGCCUCCCUUGUUGAUCCUGUGACAAACUCGUCUGCGCUUUCUGGGGAUCUUCAGCCUGUCCUAUCCUGGGAGCGCCUGAAUUGGUGGGAUAAUGUUGAGAAAGAAAUCGCAGAUUUGACUACCGGAGACGGUAUCACAUUAGAAGACGUUUGUUUCAAGCCGGCGGGACCAGAUGGUGAAUGUGUCAUUCAAUCUGUGCUUGCCUGGUUUGGAGGCUUGGAAAGAUGGGAAAAAGAUACUUGGGAAGAACAAUUACUACUCUGUGCGGACUCACCGGGUGAAGUAGAGUGCCUGCCUCCAUUUGGCCAACCUCUCAAUCCUCCGCUGGUUCUGGGUGGCGUUGAAGACGAGGACUAUCUACAGGCCAAGUCAUUGGUCGUCACAUAUGUUCUUGCCAACUCUCUUGACCCUGAGGAAGUUGCUCGUAUCGAAUCGUGGGAGCGCUUAUUACGAGAAUACCUGUCGAACCUAUCCAACUCGGCACCUCAGGAUGCUGGUGCUCAAGUCUUUUUCUCAACUGGUGUAUCACUCGAGGAAGAACUAAACAAGAGCACCAAUAUGGAUGUUCGCAUCAUAGUUCUCUCGUACUUGAUGAUGUUCUUCUAUGUCUCGUUGACACUAGGAAACAACUCUUCAAUUUCGGACGAUGGAAGCGUUGUUGGCUCCCUUUAUACCUGGAUCGUCAACUUCCCUCGACUCUUCAAAAAGAACAAUGUCACAUCAUCCCCUACGGCCGCUGAUGGCCGAAACCGUGCAACAUGGCUUCCACGCCUUCCUAGACAUAUCUUUAUUGGAUCGAAAUUCUUCCUUGGCCUAUUUGGUAUAGCAUUGGUCAUCCUUUCAGUCGCCGCUUCUGUUGGAUUCUUCUCGCUCUUGCAUGUUCGAGUGACCUUGAUCAUCGCAGAAGUGAUACCUUUCUUGGUGCUAGCUGUUGGUGUGGACAAC